AAACGGCCGCGCUUCCACGAUCAUAAACAAAAGUUUAUUUUUUUUUUUAUUAUCGAUUUUGGGGAUAUGGCUUUUGUGGAUUUUGCAAGGAUGAACAGUAUAUAAAGGGAUAGGACGGGUUGUGGUAGAUCCCCAUUCAUCGCGACCUUGUCGUUGUCGUCGUCGUCAAAAGAUGGCCAUUGAACACCCCCCUCUCAAAGUUCUUGUUCACAACAAGGUCCUCGCUCAGCACAUUAAACAAUCUUACACUCGCAAAGAUAUCGAGUCCAUUUGGUCUCUGCUCAAUGCCAAAAAGUCGCUUGAUUUCCCAACUGUAACAGGGAGAGGUCUCUUCAAGGCCGCCCUCGCCCACUCGGAAGAUGAAUCUGAUUAUACCGGCUACGACAAUGUGUGGGUCCGUGAUAAUAUCCACGUUGCCCAUGCUCACUGGGUCAUAGGGAAAGCCGAUGCUGCCGUACGAACCAUUGAUGAUUUGGCGGCCUUUUGGUUAAAUCCAACGAGUGAAAAGAGAUGGAAGGAUUGCAUUACCCAAAAAGUAGAUUACAAUGCGGAUGUCAUGCAGCGACCCCACAUUCGCUUUAACGGAACAUUGCUGCAAGAGAAUGAGCAAACUUGGGCUCAUGCUCAGAAUGAUGCCAUUGGAUACUUUGUAUGGCUGCUGUGUUCGUUGAUCAACGAGGGUCAUACUACACUCGCCGAAUCGCAUAUCCAGUUGCUGACCUUGAUUCCCUUGUACUUUAAUACGAUCCAAUUCCAUCAAGAUCAAGAUAGCGGACAUUGGGAAGAGGCUCGCAAAGUCGAGGCAUCCUCCAUCGGUCCGGUCACAGCCGGUUUGUCGGCUGUCCUCUCUCUCCUCUCCAAGGACCCGGCAGCCGCCAGCGUACUCCAAACGUCCUAUACCAAAACCGCUCGCGAACUGUCCCUCACUACUCUCCCUGAAACCUACGUAGAGCUCAUCAAGACCCUCCACACAGCCGGCACUCAGAUCUUGGCAAGUCUCCUUCCUUCAGAAUCACCCUCCCGGAAAACAGACGCAGCCCUUCUUUUCCUCCUCUACCCUCUUCGUCUCCCCAUCCCAAAUCAGACCAAGCACGAAAUUAUUACCAACGUUGUCAAGGACCUCGCCGGUGACUAUGGUAUCAGACGUUACAAGGGCGACUCGUACUGGAUGGCGAACUACAAAAAGGUUUUUUCAGAGGAAAAUCGUACGGCAGAUUUCUCCAAUGAUAUGUCUGCGCGUGACCAGUUCUUGAAAGAAGGGCAAGAAGCUCAAUGGUGUAUUUUCGAUUCGAUCCUGUCUUGCAUUUACGGUCAUCUGUACAUGGAGGCCAAGAACGAUUCAAACAAGACACCAGACCAUCUUCAACAGCUAAAGGAGUCUCAGGUUUUGUACUUUAAUCGCGCACUCGGACAAAUCACCGGCAGCGAGAACUGUCCUUUUGGAGAAUUUUGGUGCCCAGAGAGUUAUUACAUUGAGGAUGGAAAGUAUGUGACGAACGAUGUGUGUCCCUUGCUUUGGACACAGGCGAAUUUGGUAUGUGCUAUGAGCAUGAUGCUGAAGACUCUCGAGGCCUAGCAUAGAGUGAGUGUAAUACAGUUAGAAGCAUGGGUGGUAAAUGAUGGUUGUAUAUUUUGUACAAAAACAAUAAGAUUCCCGAAGAAAUAAAUAUGAUAUACAUAACCGUCUCCUCCACAGACGAAUCAACAUCACCUAGAAACACCUUACCCGAGACUCAGUACUACUCCUUUCUUCGUCCAGAUCUCUUCAUACGUCGCGGCG